AUGUAUUCAAGCGUCGGAAACAAUAAUUCACAAGAUGAAAUUGUUAAAGAAUUAUGUGACUUGUAUAAUAAUGAAAGGAUGAAAGGCAAAUUUACUGAUUUGAUUUUUGACACAAUGGAUCAGUUUUUAGUUAAAGAGGAUCAAAGGUCAAACGUUUUAAUAAAAUUGCUUUCGAAUAAUCAAAUCAAUCCUGUAAUUCGUGAUGAUGGAUUGCGUCCAAAUUUUGCACUUAGCACCCCUGGUUGUUAUAUUGAAUUGGGUACAAAAUGUAUGGAUUCAGAUCCACAAAAACGACCUAAUAUUAAUGAUGUUAAGUUGGCAAUCAAUAAUUGGAUCGAUCAAAUAAACUCUGAUAACGAUAACAAAAUCAAAAAACAAUUUCUGGAUUCUGACGUCUAUAACAGUUUAUUUCCAAUUACUCUUCAAAAAAAACAUCCUGAUCACGUGUAUACUAGUGAAAUUAGAACAUUAUUGAAAAUGGAAUAA